GCCGGCUCCAGUCGGAUGCAGCGCUUCUCUAAGAAUAAAUCGCGACCUACGCUCGGCGCGCGUAGAGACGCCGCGCCGCUGAAAAAGUGCGCGAGUGCAUCAGUUCGUUAACUAUGACCAGGCUCACGGUGGCGAUACGCGUCCGCCCGUUAUCGGAAAGAGAAUUAUCCAGUAAAUCCGUAUCGAUUGUCUCGGUUGAGAAUGAAAAGACUCUCGCUGUGACGAACACAAAGGUACCCGAACAGAAUGCCGGAGACAGCAGGGAGCGCGUCCGAAGAUUCAACUUCGACUACUGCUUCAAUUACCAGUCGAGCCAGGAAGACGUGUACCGGAAAAUCGGCGAGGAGAUCGUCGCCGGUGUGCGGACGCGCGUGCACUCGUGCAUUCUAGCGUACGGCCAGAGCGCUUCCGGGAAGACGCACACCAUGAUCGGCGACGCGCCCCACGACGAAGGCGUCGUGCCACGUCUGUGCCAGCACUUUUUUAAUUAUCUCAUGCAGGCUGCCAUUGGCAGCGAGUUGGAGGACAUUCACGCUAGCGUCAGUUUUUUGGAAAUCUACAACGAAAAGGUACGCGAUUUGCUCAAUCCCGCUGCGGGUAAUGUCCUACUCAAAGUUCGGGAACAUCCAAAGACAGGGCCGUACGUUCAGGGAUUAUCCGAACAAACUGUAUCAGAUUCCAGCGCUUUGCUGUCGCUGCUGCACGCCGGUAACGCGAAUCGAACAAUCGGCGCAACGAAUGCAAAUCCAAGAUCCAGUCGUAGUCAUUCCGUAUUCACAAUCACCUGCCUCGGCGGGUUGAAAUUGAAGUUCGUUGAUUUGGCAGGAAGCGAGCGCGCCGCCUCGCACACGACGUCGCGCUUUCGCGAGGGCGCCAACAUUAACAAGAGUCUCGUAGCAUUACGAAAUGUAAUUUCCGCUCUCGCUGACUGGAGUAAACUUUCGAAAGUGAAGAAACGCUUCGUGCCUUAUCGUGACUCUGUACUCACCUGGUUACUAAAGGACACCUUGGGUGGAAAUUCGAAAACUAUAUUAAUCUCUACGGUCUCCCCAGCAAGCACAUGUUAUAACGAGACAGUAAAUACGCUGAGAUUCGGGCAGCGCGCCAAACAAAUCGCAGUCCAGCCGAUUCUCAAUGAAGACCCCAAGGAGAGGACCAUCCGAGAGCUGCGCGCCGAAAUAGCCAAACUUAGAGAACUGCUCGAUCAUCACGUACACAAACCUCUGGAGUGUGAAGAUACCAGGAACGAAAGUGCUGAUAGUGACAGUGGUGUUAGUGUGUGCGAAAAUCUAAAUUCCGAUAAUGUAUCCGAUAAAAGUGUGCAAAAGAAUGACUGCAGCAUUGUCGCCGUUGAGCGACUCUAUCCUCUAAUGGAAGUCACCGCUAAAAUGGCCGAUCCUGAUAAGCCGCCAUCACGUCCACUUCAACGAACGUUCAGUGUGGAUCAUCAAGCGGAAUCACAAGCAACAAAACGCUAUAGUUCACAUGAAGUACUACCUACGAAUGAUAAAGUUAAAUCAACGCCAUUGAGGAAGUUAUCGACGGAUAAAUCCAACUUGUCGUUGAAAAAGGUUGAAGCGAGGCCCAAAAUAGAUCCGAAGCCAAAAGUGGAUUCGCAUCGCAAGGCACAGCCUAAACCACGUUCGCAAAUUGUCGCUGCUGUCACGCAGCGCCUCUACAACAAAGUGAAGAAGAAAGAAGUCGCCACAGACACGCUGGAUCUUAGUAAUCCUAUACAUGAGUUGUCGAUUACAUCAAAGGCGCGUUUCAGGCUGCAGGAACUCACCCAAAAGGCGCUUAAAGCUCAUCGCAGGAAGAAUGCCGAAACGCAAACAAGUCUAUUUCCAGUUUUGCGUUUUAAAGAAUCAGCUACAGAUGUAGAUGAUUUACGCCUGUUAAACGAAGAAAUCGCUAACGUAGAUUGUGCAACAGACCCUAUCAAUACUUCUGAUGCAACUACAAAUUGCAGUUUCCUUGAAACACUUCAGAAUCUACAACCGUUACAACCUACAAUUGUUUUGACAAGGAGUUGUGGUACAUCCACAGAGAAUCUAACUGCUUCUAACACUAAUAAUAAUAAACCUGUGAUAGAAGAUGAUGAGAGAGGACGACCUCUGUCAUUUACAAAAUAUUUAAUGUCACAACAACAAGCGCCGACGUUCGAAAUCGUUAAUCCAGCGACAGCGAAUCCCAUCUACACCUCCUCGGUGAAUAUCAAUGUUAAUCAUAAUUAUGGCACGCAUGGUGGAAAAUCACAUGACCUCGAAAUGGUAAACGAUGCGUUAUCUGAUGACAGCCUGGAGGAAAGCGAACGCCAAGGGAAUGUGUGUUUUCCCACGCCUGAUCUCAUCAGUAAUCACAACUCGUUGGAACCGCACGCAGCGCAAUCAACCACAACGAACAACAAUAACAUGUGUUAUGCUAUCAGCACCUCGGUCGAAGACAACACGUUGGGAUUACUGCCGGAAUCUUCUACGAAUCACGCGAAUGUAUGCAUUGCAGUUGCGAAUUGUUCACUGGAGAAUUUGGCUUGUAAAAACGUGGAAACUCAAUACGCACCGCAGAUGUGUGUGCGUGAUGACUUCGAUGAUGAUUACGAUAUAUUUUACAAAGCACCACCGCAGAAAUAUCGCUCGAAUAUCGCGCAUGAUCAUCUUCAUGAUCCAAUCCAUCCCAGUGAGCCAGUGAUACUGAAAUCAAUCAUGAAAUGUAGUGAUACAAUGAGUGAUGAUUACGAUAGUGAAUCCUUACAUGUGUUUGAUAACAUUCCCGACUCGUUGAAUUAUUACUACGAGAAGGGCAGGAAAACUGUGCGGUUUGAUUCGCCCACAUCAAGUCGCACUUCACAACACCAGCAAGAUGAACGUAUGAUGGACGUGAUGGCGGGUUUCAUGAAAGAGGUUACCACGUUGAUGUCUAACCUCACAAAAGUUGCGAGUCGAUUGGACGUGCAGGAAACUGAGCAGAGUUAUGAUAUGCAUGUGGUGGUGAAUGAUAUUCAAGGACUGAAUAAUCUUAAAUGUAACCAUUGUACACCAACUAGUUCGCAGAUUCACCACUUGUCCGAAUCCACGCAGACAUUGCCGAUUUCCACGAGCGAUUGUUCCACUGAGAUGGAAUUCGAAGCGUUCCCAGUGAAUAAAUUCGAAUCGCUGCUGGAGUCGUCAUGUAAACGAUUGGAAUCGACGAUUCAGAGAAGUAUCAGCAAUGUGCACGAGCGGCGUGAUGUUUUUAACAGAAACCCGCCGGAUUGGAAUUACAGAAAUGUCCCACCGGAUGAUUCGAGCAUUGAAAGUCAACCGACCUUCUCGGAUUAUGGUAGUUUACCGCGGCGUCGUAAUAGAGCGUCGAUUUCGAGUCCGAGUAGUUACUUGAGACAAUUGACCAACAUGCGUAGGGAGAUCGUGAGGACGUCCAGGGACGAAUUGCUGCACGAGGCUGACAUUCAUUUGUGAAUACUAACGUAACAUAACUAAUUUAAUGAGUAUUUAUCUUUUGUAUUCAAUGACUUUAGUUUAUAAGUACUAAAAUAAUGAUUGAUAUUUGAACGCGAGAUUAAUAAAACAUUAAAACAAAAAA